AAUCAGUGAACCAUAGAUUCACUUAGGCCAGCCUUUCUACAUCAACAAAUUUCAUUUCACUCGCGUUCAAAAUUUUUAACUUUUUAAAAUAAUUUUUUAGAAAUCAACCAACACGACAAACUCCCCCAGUCCCCCCGCUCUUCAUAUCAGUUGUUGAACCCUUGAUUGAUGAGAGAGAGAGAGUUCAAGAAUAUAUUUUUAAUAUGAUUUCCCUCUUCUGUUAGACCAGCUUUUUUAUUCAUUGUGAGACAAAAAUACAAAAAAGAAACAGAAGAAAUUUAUAACAAGAGAGAGGAAAAAGCUGGUAAUGGGCCAUAACAAUGCACAUUCCACACCCACCCUUUAAUUAUUCUUUUCUUUGAUUUCAGGCUUUCCUUCUUCUUUACUACAACUCGAACCGUUGUUGUCACCAACUCUGCCUUUUUCUUUGAUCUCCCAAAAUCUUUGCUUUCAGUGUCGUCCUCCAAAAGUACCUCUUUUGACAGCUUUGUUGUUUAUGCCUGCUGUAGUUUUUGAUGAUCUUUGCACUGGAAAAUACUGUCAGGGUGGUUCUAAGCUGGGUACAGAUAAUUACUAUCAGCAAUGGGUUCUGGAAACUUGUUCAAGUCAAUAAUAAAUAUAGUGAAAGAUGACAACUCAAAGAAAGUAAAGGGAUCUUCUGCUUCUAAAAAAUCCAGUGGCUUCAAAUGGAAGAAACAACAGCAAAAGGCAUCCACUAGACCGGGUCUAAUUAGCGGAAAUUCCAAUACUCUUGGCAUGCCAAUUGAGGACUUGGCAGCUACUAGGAUUCAAACUGCAUUCAGGGCUUAUAGAGCUCGAAAACAAUUACGUCGAUUGAAAGGUAUUAUAAGAUUGCAGGCUCAAACCCUAAAUAGUUCCAUCAAAAAGCAAGCUACAACAACAUUAAAUUAUCUUCACUCGUGGAGCAACAUACAGGCUCAAAUAAGAGCCCGUCGACUCUGUAUGGUAACAGAAGGCCAUCUUAGACAGAAGAAAAUAGCAAAUCAGAUAAAGCUUGAGGCAAAGCUACAUGACAUAGAGGUAGAAUGGUCUUGCGGCCCUGAAACGAUGGAGGAAAUUCUCACAAAAAUACAUAAUAGAGAAGAAGCAGCCGUUAAGCGGGAACGAACUAUGGCAUAUGCCUUUUCCCAUCAAUGGAGGGCCCCCAAUUCAAACAAUAAUGGGAUUGGCAAUUACGAGCUUGCUAAAGCUAAUUGGGGUUGGAGCUGGGUGGAACGCUGGAUUGCUGUUCGUCCAUGGGAAAGUCGCCUCCCUGCUCAGUCUAUUACCCCUAAGAAGCUGCAGAACAAACAGAUAAACAAGGCUGGUAAAAACUCGAGUUCACCGAAACCAAAACCGAAACCCCAUUUUUCUAAUGAGAAGGAAACCAUGAAGAUGAAGCCUAGGAGGCUGUCUUACCCUGGUGCUGAGAAACCAGCUGCACGUCAACAAAGCACCAAGGCUGAAGAAGAGAACAAUAAAAAGGAAGAGAGAGUGGUUUAGCAGCAAAGCCAAAGACGAGACAUAGCAUCCAUUUGGUUUUCAAGAAUUCGUGCUGUCAAUAAACUUAUGGGCUAUAUAAGCGUGCAAAAUCCUAUUUUCUUUUACUUAGGUAUUGAAAAAGUAAGUAUUUAUAUUUUACACUACCUUGGUUUUGUUUCUAGCUUUUUGUAUAUGGUGAGAAGUUGAUGUCUUGCGAAAUCAUCGAACCGCUUGGUUUUGGUAGCAGAACAGAAAUGGUGAUUCUUUACUAUGUUUAUCUUAUAUAUAUAUAUAUAAUAAUGAGAGUCAGAUUUUGUUUACUAUGUUUAUGUUAUAUUUAUAAUAAUGAAGUGUCAGAUUUUCUUUUUGGUACUGUAAAA